AUGCUUGUUGAAAACCCUCGCCAAUGGCACGAAACAUUGUAUGAGACGUUAUGGGCUUAUCGCACUUCCAAGCAGAAUCCUACUGCCACAACACCCUAUGCGCUCAUGUUUGGUCACGAUGCAGUUUUGCCUUUGGAAAUCAAUGUUCACUCUCUGCGCGUCCAAGAUCAACAUCAUCUUAUUAGUGAAGAUUAUGUCCAGGCCAUGUGGCAGGAGCAUGAAGACCUUAGCGGACAGCGCUUAGAGGCUUUGGACAACCUAGUGAUGGAAAAGCAACGCAUCGCUCGCGCCUAUGAUAAGAGGACACGCGGCCGCAGUUACAAAGAAGGAGAACUGGUUUGGAAGGCAGUCCUUCCCUUUGGUGAGAAGUUGACCGGUCGUGGUAAAUGGACCCCACGCUGGGAAUGGCCCUUUAUGAUUCACAGAAUUCUGGAACGCGGGGCUUUUCACCUCAAAGAUUUGGAUGGCAACCUCCACCACAACCCCAUUAACGGUAGAUUCCUGAAGAAGUAUUACCCCAGUGUGUAG